AUUUGCAUACACUUUUGUUUCAGGUUGUUAUAUUCAUUAAUAUGGUUGUAUGUAUGAUUUCAUUUCUAGGUAUUUUGCUGUCACUUCCAGAAAGUCAAUGAUUGGUAAGAAACUUCCAUUGUCUGGCAUGAUUAACAAUGAACAUUCAAAAUCAGGCCAUAUAAUUUCAAUUAAGGAUUCCGAUGAAAGUGGAGCCACCAGAGGAAUGAGUGAAUAUUUGAUCAAAGUCUACACUGGAGAUCGUUUAGGAGAGGAUGCAAAUGCAAAUGUUUAUAUUGUUUUAUUUGGCGACAAGGCAUAUUCAAACAGGAUUAUUUUAACAGAAACAUAUGAUCAUCGCAAUCCAUUUGAGAAAGGACAGGCUGACACAUUCAAAAUCAUCACUGAUCUUUUGGGUAGCCUGUACAAAAUUGAAAUUGGUUUUGAUGAGGAACAACCUGGAACUGGGUGGUACCUUGAAAAGGUCGAGAUAAGCAAUCUAGCAAACAAUGAAAUAUAUGUUUUUUCAUGUAACAGAUGGCUCAAUCUGGCCACAGGAACAGUGGUGAAGCUUUACAAGACAGGUACAUCCAACUUGAUUCUACUUCUGAGCUAA